CCAGGCUGCCUGGGAGCUGGGAGCGGGAUUAUGGUGGCCUGAGCAGCAAACGCAGCCGUAGGAGCCCGGAGCCCCUGACCCUUCCCCGGCUGCCGCCCCGCCGGGAGGACCAGGAAAGCAGCCUCCGACCUGCCAUGCCUGCCCCGCCCAGCCCCCCGGGGGGCCCGAGCCGGCCUCUCCCGGACCUCUGUUGAGGUUGGACCGCUGGCCAGAUGUAGCCAGGCUCCGGAUCCGUCUCCUCCCCUCCUGUCUCUCUGUGGAUCUCUCCUGCCCGCUCCCCACAGCCUGGACCCAGGGCUGGCCUGCAGGCGCUGGAGCCCUGAUGCCUCACCGCUCACUCUCCUGAGAAGCCACCUCCAGCACCCAGAGUUGGGGUCAGGCCACAGGGACGGUCGCGGGCUGGAGUGAGCCCAGAGCGCCCCAAGGCCAGGGCCCACCAUGGCCCAAGCGCUGCCCUGGCUCCUGCUGUGGAUGGGCUCCGGGGUGCUGCCUGCCCACGGCUCCCAGCCUGGCAUCCGGCUGCCCCUGCGAAGCGGGCUGGGGGGCGCCCCCAUGGGGCUGCGGCUGCCCCGGGAGACUGACGAGGAGCCCAGCCGGAGGGGCAGCUUUGUGGAGAUGGUGGACAACCUGAGGGGCAAGUCCGGUCAGGGCUACUACGUGGAGAUGACGGUGGGCAGCCCCCCACAGACGCUCAACAUCCUGGUGGACACAGGCAGCAGUAACUUCGCAGUGGGGGCCGCCCCCCACCCUUUCCUGCACCGCUACUACCAGAGGCAGCUGUCCAGUACAUACCGGGACCUCCGGAAGGGCGUGUACGUGCCCUACACCCAGGGCAAGUGGGAGGGGGAGCUGGGCACCGACCUGGUGAGCAUCCCCCACGGCCCCAACGUCACCGUGCGUGCCAACAUCGCUGCCAUCACUGAAUCAGACAAGUUCUUCAUCAAUGGCUCCAACUGGGAGGGCAUCCUGGGGCUGGCCUACGCUGAGAUCGCCAGGCCUGACGACUCCCUGGAGCCGUUCUUUGACUCGUUGGUAAAGCAGACCCACGUGCCCAAUCUCUUCUCCCUGCAGCUCUGUGGUGCUGGCUUCCCCCUCAACCAGUCGGAAGUGCUGGCCUCAGUUGGAGGGAGCAUGAUCAUCGGGGGUAUCGACCACUCACUGUACAUGGGCAGCCUCUGGUACACACCCAUCCGGCGGGAAUGGUAUUACGAGGUGAUCAUUGUGCGGGUGGAGAUCAAUGGACAGGAUCUGAAAAUGGACUGCAAGGAGUACAACUAUGACAAGAGCAUCGUUGACAGUGGCACCACCAACCUUCGUUUGCCCAAGAAAGUGUUUGAAGCUGCUGUCAAAUCCAUCAAGGCAGCCUCCUCGGUGACCUUUCCCCAGUUUGGACAUUUCAUGGAAAAGCAAGUAAAGGGCCCAACGGAGAAGUUCCCAGACGGUUUCUGGCUCGGGGAGCAGCUGGUGUGCUGGCAAGCAGGCACCACCCCGUGGAACAUUUUCCCAGUCAUCUCACUCUACCUAAUGGGUGAGGUCACCAAUCAGUCCUUCCGAAUCACCAUCCUUCCACAGCAAUACCUGCGGCCAGUGGAAGAUGUGGCCACGUCCCAAGACGACUGUUACAAGUUCGCCAUCUCACAGUCAUCCACGGGCACUGUCAUGGGAGCUGUUAUCAUGGAGGGCUUCUACGUUGUCUUUGAUCGGGCCCGGAAACGAAUUGGCUUUGCUGUCAGUGCGUGCCAUGUGCACGAUGAGUUCAGGACAGCAGCGGUAGAAGGUCCUUUUGUCACCCUGGACAUGGAAGACUGUGGCUACAACAUCCCACAGACAGAUGAAUCGACCCUCAUGACCAUAGCCUAUGUCAUGGCUGCCAUCUGCGCCCUCUUCAUGCUGCCCCUCUGCCUCAUGGUGUGUCAGUGGCGCUGCCUCCGCUGCCUGCGCCAUCAGCAUGAUGACUUUGCUGAUGACAUCUCCCUGCUGAAGUGAGGAGGCCCACGGGCAGGAGAGAGAGAUCCCCCUGGACCACAUCUGGUGGUUCGCUCUGGUCACAAGGAGGAGGAGACACAGAUGGCACCUGUGGCCAGAGCACCUCAAGACCCUCACUCACCCACAAAUGCCUCUGCCUUGACAGAAAAGGAAAAGCUGGCAAGGUGGGUUGCAGGGACUGCACCUGUAGGAACCAGGAGAGGGAAGAAAGAAGUGCUCUGAUGGCGGGAAUACUCUUGGUCACCUCAAACUUGAGCUGGGAAAUUCUGCUGCUUGAAACUUCAGCCCUGAACCUUUGUCCACCAUCCCUUUAGAUUCUCCAACCCAAAGUAUUCUUCUUUUCUUAGUUCCAGAAGUAAGGUGACCCCAGUGUGUGUCUCUGCAGUAUCCUAGCAGAGAAAGGGCCAAUCUUGUUUCCCUGCUGGCCAUAGUCAGUGGGAACGGACGCACCAUUUGUUUGCUUUAGAGAUAGGGACUGUAGAGACAAGCCUAUAACAUUGGUGCAAAGACUGCCUCUUGAAUUAAAAAAUAAUUUACAAAUAAUUUGUACAAAUACUUUGUACAAAUGGGGGUGGCUGGACAAGGAGAAGGAGAGGGAGUGCAAAGACAGGGAAGCUGGGAUCAAAGCGAGGCAAGGCCAGAACAUGACCGCUCGCCAGUCCCAGUUUUAGACGGCAUCUCCAAGAUAGAAUCCCAUCUUCUAAGAUGGGCGUUGCUUCCCAAUGUCUUCUUUUCUGUGGUUGCAGCCUGACCAAAAGUGCGAUGGGAAGGAGGGCUUCUCUAGCCAAAAAGCUCUUUUUAACUCUCUUAAAGGAAAAGUGCCCACUAAAAGGUUCCAUCUAACAAAUGAAUUUCUACCUUAUUAAUUCCUUGUCCCUACCUGAACCUUCUACUCUACACGUGACAGGUAGCACUGAAACAUCCCCAACCCUGGAAGCCCCAGGUGCCCUAUGGGAAAGCAGCUGGAAUAGAGCAAAUAUAACAGGGCUGCACUUCGUCUUCCUGGCUACCUGUUCACACACACACCCCCAGUCCUAUUCCUCCAGAGCUUUGUAGCUGAGGUGCUAAGAAUAGAUAGGAGACCUCUCCUAUCUAAUCCUUGAAAGCAGACUCCUGAAGAUUCAUUCAACAGGUAUAGAGUUGACGCCCUAUACCCCCUGCCUGGAUUUCUUCCUGUUCAGCUGUAAGUGGUAGUAAGACCUUGACAUAAUACAGAGCAGUUUCAUUGCCUUCUCCCUGUCUCUAAGGUCUCCCUCAUUUAUUUGGCUAAGGCAUCCCACAGUGGCACUAGUAUUAUACCAAGAAUGUCAGGAACACAGGGCUUUCUGGCUCCACCAGCAUCGCAUUCAGUAUCAAGGCUGCGUGGAAAAAGGAUGACAGCCUCUGGGCUUCCUAAUUCCCUUCACCACAAGAGCCCCUCGAUGGAGGCCAUCUUUGCCCCUAUCCUGCUCUUUAUUCCCCGCUCCUAAUAGUACUUGGGUACCCAGGCUGGUUCUUGGGCUAGACAGUGGGGACCAAGUUCAUUUCCUCCCUAUCAGUUCUAAGCCAGUCGACUAUGAUACCAGUGUUAAUGGGAACAGCUGAAUUUUCUUACUAUUCCACUGGAUCCUAUUCCUCUCUGGUCAACACACUGCUUCCAGGUAUGGGACCCGCACAGUGUAGAAUUACCUGAUGAGGGAAAGGGAAAUACAAAGAGGGCCUCUGGAGAUCCCGGCCUCAGCCAGCUGCCCGCAAGCCAUAAACCAAUAAAACAAGAAUACUGAGUCGCAGUUUUUUAUCUGAGUCCUCUUCAUUCCCACUGCACUUGGUGCUGCUGUGGCUGACGGGGAACACCCCAUAACCACAGAGACUGACAGGAAGACUGGAGACUGUCCACUUCCAGCAUAGAACUUACUGUGUAAAUAAACUUCCAGAAUUGCUACCGUGAAAUGAAAAUGCCACAUUCCACUUUAUCAUUUUGACCCAUGUUGGGGAAAACUGGCUUUUCCCCAGCUCUUUCCAGGGCAUAAAACUCAAUCCCGUCCUUAGUAAGUCUCAUUGUCCUAUUUUUUUCUUUGAAAGAGAAAACUUGUACUUAUUUUUCUUUUAACAAUUUCUUCCUUUCUACCCUGAAACCAUGAACUCUAAAGUGUAAAAAGAAAA